AUGGACACAGACACAGGCAUGCACCAAAACCAACACAACAACCAACAGUUCAAAAUCCAGCACAACAACCAACAGUUCAAAAUCCAGCACAACAACCAACAGUUCAAAACCCUGCACAACAACAACCACAACCAGCACAACAACCAACAGUUCAAAACUCUGCACAACAACCACAAACAGAGCAAAGACACAAAAGAAGUAGAGAACAAGGAAACCAAGAAUUCUUAA